GCGUACGGCGGGGCCUCCAUAAAGCGGCUCAGCGCCGGCACCGCCUCCCCGUCCGCGCCGAGUAUGUUCGUGGGGCCGUCGCCCGCCCGCGGGCUCCUGCUGCUGCUGCAGUCGUUCCUGCUGCUGCCGCAGGUGGCGCUGGGCUUCGCAGACGGCAGCUGCGACCCCUCGGACCAGUGCCCGCCCCAGGCCCGCUGGAGCAGCCUGUGGCACGUGGGGCUUAUCCUGCUUGCUGUCCUCCUGCUGCUGCUGUGUGGGGUCACGGCCAGCUGUGUCCGGUCCUGCUGCCUCCGGAAGCGGGCACACACUCAGCCACACCUGCCCUCCACACCUCAGCCUUGCGACCUGACAGUCAUUCCUGUGGACAGCGACAGCCCCGUGCACAGCACUGUGACUUCCUACAGCUCCGUGCAGUACCCGCUGAGCAUGCAGCUGCCCCUACCCUUUGGGGAGCUGGACCUCGACUCCAUGACCCCUCCUGCCUACAGCCUGUACGCCCCCGAGCUGCCACCCUCCUACGAUGAGGCUGUCAAGAUGGCCAAACCCAAACAGGAAGAGCCACCCCCCUCCCAGUAGCCCAGCCCCUUGGGUAGGGCCUCAGGCCUAGGGGACCCAGGAGCUGGGCCCCAAUGCCCCACAUCCCCGGCUGUAGCCCUGAUGCCCCUCAAAGGAGGGAGAGAGCUCUCCUGAACCUCCCUGUGCUCAGGGAGCACUUGGAGCCGGGGACCCCCAGCCCACCCCUACCAUCCUUCCCCCGGGAAGGCCAGCCGUCCAGCACAUUGCUGCAGCCCUGGCCUCGUUGCUAUGUAACGCCGGGCAGCCGAGCCAGCCAGCCCUGUGUUGGCCACACACACACGCACACACACACACACAGCAGGCUGCUGUGUUCAGCCCCAGCCCCUACCCAUCGCAGCAGGCCCUGGGCCCAGAGGAGGCCCCAAAAGCCUAAGCCUCAGGGCUCAGGGCUGGCUAUGAUGUCCGCAGCUCUUUGGAGAGAGAAUAAAGUUUGUAUCUAAGUGGU